GGCCACGUGACCGCUAUUCAGAAGCGGGGGCGCGCGCAUGCGUGCUCCUUGCCGGGGAAGGGAAGCAAGUGGGGCGGAGUGAAUGGGCAAUCGGCGGGCAUGGCGGCCAAGGGCUCGGUGCAGCAGCCCCUAGAUGCGGCAGCGGCGGCCAGCACCCUCCUGAAACGAGCAGUGGAAUUGGACUCUACUUCCCGGUACCAGGAGGCUCUGGUGUGUUAUCAGGAGGGUAUCGAUAUGCUAAUGCAAGUACUUAAAGGCACCAAAGACACCGCAAAGAAAUGUCACUUAAGACAAAAAAUUUCUGACUACAUGGACAGAGCAGAAGACAUAAAAAAGUUCUUAGAGCAAGAAAAAGAAGAUGGAAAAUAUCACAAGCAAAUUAAAAUAGAAGACAAUGCAACAGGCUUUAGUUAUGAAUCACUUUUUCAACAAUAUCUUAAUGCAGCUGUUACUGAAGUCUGGAUAGAAGAUCCUUAUAUUAGGCAAACUCACCAGCUAUACAACUUUCUUCGAUUCUGUGAGAUGCUUGUUAAGCAGCCAUGUAAAGUGAAAACUAUUCAUCUUCUUACUUCUUUGGAUAAAGGCAUUGGGAAUAGUCAGCAGACCAGUGGCCUGGAAGAAAUAAGAGAGUCACUUGGUAAGCAUGGAGUAGAGCUGGAAAUACAAUUCUCUUCUUCAAUUCAUGAUCGAGAAAUUAGCUUAUCCCUUUAUAUAGACACAGUCCAAGAUUAAACCUGGUGUUGCUUCCACUCCCAUACACCUGAUCAAGUAAGAGACUUCCCUUGGCUACAGGAAAUUGUGCUGGCACUUGGCCUAUCAUUUUAAAAUUUGUCAUUUAACCUUUGUGUUUAUACAUUUACAUUUCUAAUUUCAAUAGGUUCAACAAUGGAUGGAUGAUUAAGAUUGGAAGGGGACUUGAUUAUUUUAAGAAACCACAGGUAGGACAUAGCCUUAUCUUAGUAGUGAAUGACAUAAUUAUAUGCCAUUAAUAACAAAUUCUCUUUUUUUUUCUU